UCAAUGGGAGGCGGGCACAUUCAAGACGCCCAAUAAGUGGCGAGCAGCUCGAACGCUUAAAAGGGCCGUGGUGUGUGCACGAACUCAUUCCGUAUCUUCAUUAGAGAAACAGAGAGUUUGACAUGGCAAGAACUAAGCAGACCGCUCGUAAGUCCACCGGUGGCAAAGCCCCGAGGAAGCAGCUGGCUACCAAGGCUGCUCGUAAGAGCGCCCCGGCUACUGGCGGUGUGAAGAAGCCUCACCGUUACAGGCCUGGCACUGUGGCUCUGAGGGAAAUCCGCCGUUAUCAGAAAUCCACAGAGCUGUUGAUCCGCAAGCUGCCCUUCCAGCGCCUGGUGCGUGAGAUCGCUCAGGAUUUCAAGACCGAUCUCCGCUUUCAGAGCUCUGCCGUCAUGGCCCUGCAGGAGGCUAGCGAGGCGUACUUGGUGGGUCUGUUCGAGGAUACUAAUCUGUGCGCCAUUCAUGCCAAGAGAGUCACCAUCAUGCCUAAGGACAUCCAGUUGGCCCGCCGUAUCCGCGGAGAGCGCGCUUAAAUGAAUUGGAGUGCUCCCAAGUUGUACCAGAACACCCAAAAGGCUCUUUUAAGAGCCACCUAACUCUUGCAGUGCAAAAGAGCAGGUGUUCUAGCAAACCCCGAGUUCUGUUAUGUGCUGUGAUAACAACUGAUAUGUGAAAAGUACUCGUGUGACACUGCUUAUAUUUUAGCAGCUGAUACUCAUUCCGUCUUUGAGCAGUGUCCGUAGUGUAGUGAAGUAGUUUAGAGCCUCUCCGUUAUAAUAAGGGAAACAAACUCACAUAACAGAAAAAGCUUUUCAAGCGGAAACGCGGGUGGCUCUUAAAAGAGCCGUUGGGUUAAAUUAAGUCUUGCCAACUUUUUACUUGGAGCUGGUGUACUUGGUGACGG